CUCGCUGUGCGACUCGAACUCACAUUGAGAAACUGUAUAUGAAGAGAGAGAGAGAGCUAGAGCGCAAGAGAGAGGUAGAGAGUGAAACCGCAUCAAAAAACGGGCUAGCGAGACGCACUACAGUCAUCUGAAGAUUUUUACUGGCAUAGGCAUCAAACUUCGGAGGAUUAUUUCUUUCAUUUACUUCUGCGUCUUCCUUAUGACCAUUACUUGAUUUCAGUGCAUUUAAAGAGAUUAUAUCGAGCUUUCCUGUAAGAUAUUUUUAAAAAACAAUAAUUUUUUUUCAAAAAGUAACUUAAAGCUAACUUUUAAACAAGUUUGGAAUUUAGAACAACAUUUCUAAAUCAAGUUUCAAAUUUGACAGGUUCACGCCAAAUUUAAAUUUUAAAAAUUAAAAAAUUCAACUUAAAAGUCACGGCAAUAUUCGAAAGCGAUUUGCAUAAUUUAAAAUGAUGUACAAAUAUUUAAGAUCGAUUUGUAAUAUCCAGCAUUGUGUUAAUUAAACACUUCAAUUUAUUCAUUUACUUUUCAUUAGAAAACGUUGCGCUGCCUUUUGGUGCGAGAUUCUUCUCAGCUAUUUUUGCUUUUCAGAAUAAUUGUAGCAGCAAAUCAUAUAUAACACAUUAAGUCACUCAUAUACUCCCGAGAAGGCUCAACCACUGUAGUGCUCAUCACUCCAUAUAUUUGAGACAAGUCCCCGGACGUUCACAGCCAUGCUCUUCGAGAGUUUUGACCUUGUCUCGGCGCUGGCGACGCUGGCUGCGUGUUUAGUGUCCAUGGCACUUCUUCUGGCCGUGUCCCAGCAACUCUGGCAGCUGAGAUGGACCGCAACACGGGACAAGAGCUGCAAGCUGCCUAUGCCCAAGGGCUCCAUGGGGUUCCCCAUCAUUGGAGAAACAUGCCACUGGUUCUUUCAGGGUGCAGGUUUCCAUGCGUCAAGGAGGCAGAAGUAUGGGAACGUGUUCAAGACUCACCUGCUGGGACGGCCGCUCAUCCGGGUCACGGGGGCAGAGCAUGUGCGUAAGGUUCUGAUGGGAGAACACAGCCUGGUCACUGUGGACUGGCCCCAAAGCACCAGCACUCUACUGGGUCCCAACAGUUUGGCCAACUCUAUAGGAGACAUCCACCGCAAAAGGAGAAAGAUCUUUGCUAAAGUCUUCAGUCAUGAGGCUCUGGAGAGCUACCUGCCCAAGAUCCAGCAGGUCAUUCAGGAGACCCUGCGGGUGUGGAGCUCCAAUCCUGACCCCAUCAACGUUUAUCGGGAAUCCCAGCGGCUCUCCUUCCACAUGGCAGUGCGUGUAUUACUGGGUUUCCGCGUCUCUGAAGAGGAGAUGCACUGUCUUUUCCGCACUUUCCAGGAUUUUGUGGAGAAUGUUUUUAGCCUUCCCAUCGACCUGCCGUUUAGUGGUUAUAGGAAGGGUAUUCGUGCAAGAGACUCACUCCAGAAAAGCAUAGAAAAAGCCAUCAGAGAGAAACCUCUCCACACACAGGGGAAAGAUUACACUGAUGCUCUUGAUGUGCUUCUAGAGAGCGCCAAGGAGAACAACACAGAGCUUACAAUGCAGGAGCUCAAGGAGUCCACUAUUGAGCUGAUCUUCGCUGCUUUUGCCACAACAGCCAGUGCCAGCACGUCUCUGAUCAUGCAGCUGCUGCGACACCCUGCAGUGCUGGAGAAGCUGCGUGAGGAGCUGCAGAGUUGCGGCCUGCUGCAUGACGGCUGUCUGUGCCAGGGCGAACUGCGACUGGACAGCAUCAUUAGCCUCAAGUACCUGGACUGCGUGAUCAAAGAGGUCCUGCGUCUGUUUGCCCCUGUGUCUGGAGGUUACCGCAUUGCCACACAGACCUUUGAGCUGGAUGGUGUACAGGUACCCAAAGGUUGGAGUGUCAUGUACAGCAUCCGUGACCCCCACGACACCUCAGCUGUGUUCAAGGACGUGGAGGCCUUUGACCCGGACCGGUUUAGCCCAGAGCGGAGCGAGGAUCGUGAGGGCCGCUUCCACUAUCUGCCCUUCGGCGGUGGUGUUCGCUCCUGCCUCGGCAAGCAGCUGGCCACUCUCUUCCUCAAACUCCUAGCCGUGGAGCUCGCGGGAGGGAGCCGCUUCGAACUGGCCACGCGGACAUUCCCACGCUUGAUUUCGGUCCCCGUGGUGCACCCCACCGACGGCCUUUGUGUCAAAUUCUUCGGCCUCGACUCCAAUCAGAAUCAGAUCAUGGCCAAGUCGAAUGAGAUGUUGGAUGCCACCGUGUGACAGACUGGGCAGAAGAAGGAACAGACUUCAUAUUCUGAGCUGUCACCUGAAGUUCAAAAGACUCUCAUUUGCCAAAAAUGUAUAGUCUAUAAUUUGUAAAGAAGUAUAUCAUAAAAAUAUAAAUUUUACUGAACGUAUUGCUACAUCAGGAGAGCACAAGAGGAAGGUUUCAGAAAAGAAGAGGUGAAAGGGACAGUCAUAUUAGCCGAUGUAGAUGUCACAGGGUCUUGAGAUGAGAAGUUUUGUGUGAGUGUUUUUCGUGGAUGCUGAGUUCAUUAAUAUGUAUAUACAGUAUGUGUGGUUUCUGUGUGUGUAAAUACAUUACGUUUUCUUGUGCGAAUGUACGCGUGUGCCUGUUUGCGUGUGUGGACAGCUUGUUUUUCAGCUAAGGUAUUAGGAGUUAGAGUAGGCAGUGCAAACUAGAAUGAAUGAGAGGAUUGUGUAAUUUACUCAGGUGUGUUAGCAGUACAGAAGGAGCUUUCAGACUAACCCAGUACUUGUUAUACAUGCUCUGUACAUGAGUGACAAUCCAUAAUAUUUUUUUUAAGAGAGCGUGAAAAGGAGGCGAGCGAUGAACAGAGAUAUAUGACUCGUCAGAGACUAUAAGAGAAAAUUAACCUGUGCAGGCUCUCAAAACAAGCUAUAGAGGGAAUGAGGGAUUCAUUCCUGCUGCAAAUGUUAUAUCUGAAGACAAUUAUGAAAACAAAAAAGCAAAAAAAUAAGUCAUAACUGUCAUAUAUGCUGCUUUGGGAGUCGCUUUUUAUUUAUAUGAUGGAGCAGAGUGCCACCUGACCUCUGCAAAGAGGAAGGCUUCUUUUUUUUCUGCUCCACAUCAAUAUAAGAAAAAAUUAUACUGAAUAUACAGUAGAUGAUGGUGGAACUGAUUGGACAAUGAUCAGUCAGUAACUCUAUAUACCACCAAUCAGAAGAGUUUUCUUGAGACGCCUCUGAAGGGACUUUAAAGGCAGUUAGGUGAGAGGCACUAGGACUCUGAGCAACCCGAUGAGGGUUCUUCCUUCACUUCCUCUACAGGCCACGCGAAGGACUUUACUUUGAUAAAAUAUACCACUGA